UACUACUAUUCAUAAUAAGAAUUAUUAGAAUUGCUUUUCAAAAUAAAUUAUUUUCUAAUUUGAAUUGUUAUUAAUAUGGCAAAUCCACCCAGUAAGCCCCCAAGGGGCAUUAAAACUCCAAAGGAAACUAGUGGAUUAUUAAUGACAAUGAUACGUGCUCUAUCUGCAACUGAAUCUAAUGAACAUCGUGAAAUUGAAAAAACUGCUUUAGAGAGAGAAUACAAACGAUGUGAUCAAAAAUUAGAAGAAUUGAUCUCCAUGGAGCAUCAAAAUCUUGCCCGUGUAAUGCAUUUAUUUACAUCAGUGUCUAGCGAAAUUAAUUCAUCUAGAGAACGAGUUCAAGCAGCAAAACGGAAACUUAUUGCAUGUAAAACAUUAUUACGAUGUAAGCGAGAUGAAUUAAGAAAAUUUUAUGUUGAAAGUAUUGAACAACAUCACAUGCUUACUCAAUUAACUCAAAUAGAACAAAUAAAAGAAGUACCUUUUCAAUUGAAUAUGUUGGAGUCAAAAAAACAAUAUUUACAAUGUACUAAAUUGUUGAUGGAAACAUUACAUAUUAGUAAUAAUGAUUUGAAGAAUAUAGAUGCAUUAAAUGAAUUAAGAAUUGAACUGAAACACAAAAAACAAGAUUUGUACAAUAAACUAUUGGAUGAUUUAAUGAAUCAUAUUUAUGUAAUUUCACCACAAUCUGCAAAAUCAUUUCGUCGCGUAGGAUCAGAUGGAUAUAAUUCCUCAUUUGGACAAAGUACAAGAAGGGUAUUGAAAUAUACACCACAAAUUGCACCCAAAGAAAUUUCAAAUGAAAAUAAUGAGACUGAAAUCACUGAACUUGAUACUGAAAAAUUUGUCCCCAUAGCUGUUGAGUGCCUUGCUAUACUUAUUAAGUUAAAUGAUACAAUUGAAAAAUUGAAAUCUACUAUGCAAACACAGUUAGUAGAAAUUGUUGAAAAAACAACAAAACAAAUAUCAAUAACAAAUCAAUCAAGAAAUGUAGGAGAACAAUUAGUGACAUUAGUAAAUGGUGUAAUUUUACAAUUUUAUUCAGUUGUUGAUGCACAUCAACUUUUUUUAAGCAGUUUAGAUAAAGUAGUUGAUCAACAACUAAUCACCAAUAUCAACAAAUAUGAUCUUAAAUAUGUUUGGGAAAAUAUUGAGUCCAUUGUACAAAUAUUUUUAAGUAAUUAUUUGGAUGUAAAUAGUCAUUCAGAUUUAAUUGUAAAAUCUACUCCAAUUUUUAGUAAUAUUGAUUUGAAUGUAUUUUUUUCAAAAAAAAAAGUUCAAAGACCUAAACAGUGUCUUUUUAAAUUUUCAAAUGCUUUGGAAAUGUCUUCUGAUUUAUUGGAUAGACCUUUUACCAGUAUAACUCAACCUCAGUCAAUGAUUUGUACACCAAGUUCAGACAAUAUUAUAUAUAUUUAUGAGCCACUCAUAAUGUUCAUACAACAAAUCGAACAAUCUAUAAACACAAACACUUGUACAUUAAAUUUAUGGCUUAAUGAAUAUAUUCGAACUGUUUUUCUUGAUCGUCAACACAGUAAAGUAGCUACUACUGUUGAAUCAAUUACCAAACAAGUUGAUGCUUGGCAUGCUAUUACUACACCAGAACAAAUUCAAGAUUUAAAUGUUUCUAGACCAUUGUUAGCUAGUACAGUAAAUAUAUGGAAUAACAUAUGCCAAAUAAAAAAGUUGGUUAUAACUAUGCCUGAAUAUGCAUCACAUUUCUUAAUGAUUAUGGUUAGCAUUAGUAGAAGCUAUAAAGAGACAUGUGAUAGCUUUUUUUCUUCUAAUAUUAAAGCAUGCGAUAACACCACUAAAUUAGUGAGUCAUCUAUGGAUUCAAAAACAUGAUUUAGUUGAUUAUCUUAAACAAUCCCAUAACUGGGUAAGAAGAGAAUAUGAAAAUAAAUCAAAAAAAAGUUCAACAGAUGAACUAAAACGAUAUACUCAAGAAGCAGAUAAGUUGUUUGAAAAUUUGGAAGGAAAUGAUUUUAGAGUAACAAGUGUUUCAGAUAUAAAUCAGCUUAGAUGUUUGGCACAUCUUUUGGAAAGCAUGGAGUGGAUUGGAAAAAAAUUAAACGAGAUUUCAAACCCAGAAUCGAAUCAGUAUUUAGUUCCUAAAUUGAAUACUUCCAAAAUAGACAACAAUAAUUUACCAUUAGCUUUAGUUGAAACUUUACAACAAUUGGGUAAAGAUUUUUUAGAUAUUUCUGAUAGUAUCCUUUUGUAUCUUUAUUUGGAAAUUCGUGCUCAAAGUAUUUAUUACUUAUUACCUGGUUUUGAAUCAGCUAUUGGAAAUACAAUAGAACCUAAAGUUUUGGAUCUCAAUCAAUCUGUAUCGGCUUUACACGAGGCUAUGUUAAAUGCAAUUUCCAAGAGCAAGGCUCAUUAUAUUUUUGAAGGACUAGGUGAAGUGAUUUCUAAAAGUUUAGUAAAUCAAACUCGCAGUAUAGAAAUUGUUGAUGAAAUUGCAAUAAGAAAAAUAAUACGUGAUAUUACAAUGCUAAAAUAUAACAUAACUGCUAUGUUAGGUGCAUCACAAGUAACUUUAGAAAAAACUGUUCAUUAUUAUGAAUUGUUACUUUGUACCCCAAAGGAAAUAUUGGAAGAGAUCUUGGAGAAAGGUGCUGAAUAUAGUGAAACUGAGUAUAUGAACUUGUUACAAAUUGUUCAUAGAAGCAAUAAAAACACAGAAGAAACAGUUAGUUUGCAGAAUGAUUUAAAAAGGUUAUCUGAUAUUUUAUCUCAGAUUAAACCUAUACAUUUAUAGUUUAAUAAUUUUACUCUCCAAAAGUAUACAAAAACUAUA